AUUAAUAAAAAUAUUUAAAAUUCAAAUCCUUGAAAGUUUAGACUUUGUAUUAAUCACGGUAACCAAAUCUUGGUGGUUAAAUAUUAGUAACCAAAUCGUAGUAAUCAUAUUUUCGAUAUGCCUCUUCCUCCCCUAACGACCCGCUCCUCUUUCUCGCCUUCCCCGCUCCGGCUACUGAUCUUAUUCUCGUUACUUUUUUUGCUUUCUCCGGCGAUCACCUCAUCCGAAUAUCAUCAGUUCAAUUUAGAUGGCAAAGUAUUGGAGCUCGACGACUCUAAUUUCGACGCCGCUAUUUCCAAAUUCGACUUUAUUUUCGUCGAUUUUUAUGCUCCCUGGUGCGGCCACUGCAAACAUCUCGCGCCUGAGUUGGAGAAAGCAGCUCCUAUUCUAGCUGGAUUGAAUCAGCCAAUAGCUGUUGCAAAAGUAGAUGCUGACAAGCACAGAAAGCUUGCUUCUAAGCAUGACAUCGAUGGAUAUCCAACUCUAAAGAUAUUUAUGCAUGGCGUUCCUACAGAAUAUUAUGGACCAAGGAAAGCUGAUUUACUUGUUAGAUUUCUGGCAAAAUAUGUUGCUCCUGAUGUCACUGUUCUCAGUUCCGACGCUGCUAUAAACGACUUUACUGAAUCAUCAGCGGGUUCUAAUUUCCCUAUAUUCAUAGGCUUUGGCUUGAAUGAGUCCACUGUAUUGGAUUUGGCUGUCAAGUACAAGAAGAAAGCAUGGUUUUCUGUUGCCAAGGAUUUCUCUGAUCAAAUCAUGACAUCAUUUGAUUUUGAAAAGAUCCCUGCUUUGGCUGCAAUUCAUCCAGUCUACAACGAACGCAGCACUUUUUAUGGUCCAUUUGAAGAAAAGUUCAUUGAGGAUUACAUAAAACAGAGUCUGCUCCCUCUGGUUUUGCCCAUAAGUCGAGACUCACUGAAGUCGCUCAAGGAUGACCAAAGGAAAGUUGUUGUAACUAUCUUGGAGGAUGAAACAGAGGAGACAUCCAAGGAAAUAUUACAAGUCUUAAAGGCUGCUGCCUCUGCAAAUCGUGACUUAAUAUUUGGUUACGUAGGGUUCAAACAGUGGGGGGAUUUCGCCCAAUCAUUCGAAGUUGACAAGAAAACUCUGCUUCCAAAGAUUGUUGUAUGGGAUGGUAAAGAGGAGUAUGCUUCGGUAGUUGAUUCAGAAAGCACAAUAGAUGGAAGAAGAGACGACACGAACACACAAGUGUGGAGAUUUAUGAAAGAUUACAGAGAAGGAAGGGUAAUACAAAAACGUAUAGCGGGCCCUACAUUGAUGGGGUUCAUGAAAUCACCGAUAGGAGUAAUAAUUGUAUUACUUGCUAUUUGUUUGGUGCUGGUAGUAGUUGUGAUCCUGUCAAUGUUUAAAGAGGAACCUCUCACUGUCGGGACUCGUGACCAGGUCGAUCAAGGAGUAAGCCCCAAUCUUCACCCUGAACUGCGUGGAACUGUCAAACAGGACUGAUUUAUUAAUUUAUGGACAAAUAUUUGCUACUCUUCUUGUUUCAGAUUUCGCACCUCUUGUAUACUUCUUUUUCUUUCUCUUCUGUAUUUGCAAUUUUGGACAAUUUAUUUAUUUUAAUUAAUGAAAAGUUGUUGUUAUUUCUUUACAUGAU